AUGGAGUUUCCAAAUUCAGAUUAUACCCCACGUUCAAGGGCUAGUGUACGGUGUCCAAUUGUUGUACAGGACGAAAAAAUACGAGGUAUGUAUAGGUACUUAUAUGGAACAUAAAUUUAUCAUAAUGUUCCGGAAUGUGCCGCCGCCCGCACCCUUUGAAAUAAUCUCGAAAGGAUUAUAACUUCGGGAAUAGUGGAUAGGAGGUACCUACUCGUGUAUACCGACCACGCGAGGAGAUAGUACUGCACCGAGGAAAAGGUGAUGCGGGAGUGCAGUAGUGGAAUCCGAGUGAGCGGGCGAUAUUCCGAUUGGUUUUCGACUUAGCCGAUACGUGUAUAAUGUAUAUAUAAUAUAUAUAUAUAUACAUUGUAUAUGUAUAUCUAUAAUAUAUAUAUACAGAGUGGUUAUUUUAUCACGAUUCUGCGAUUUUCUCAGAGGAUUUUAACUAAAUUUGAUUUCUGCUGCUUUUUUCUGAUCAUGAUGGAAUCGUUCAAGUUUUAUUUUAACGCUAUUUUUAAAUUUUACUCCUAUUGAUUGCACUUUAUAUCUAAACACCUUGGAUUUUCAAAUAAUAAUCCCUCCCAUGUUCAAUACAUAUUUGAAUAGAAAAUAUUUUUUACAGGGCGGAGUUACCAUUGGAAAAUCAAAAGUUGAUAUUACGACCUGUUUACAAUAUGCAGAAUAAUGGUCAAAUUUUGAAAAUAUUGUAAAUAAGAUUAUUAUCUACAAUGAUUGAAUAUAAGUAUAAUAUAUAGUUAUAAGAUAUAAUUUAUAAUAUAAAAAUCCGUGUAGUUAAUAAAUAAAUAAAUCACCCUGUAUAAAUACAAUAUAGGUACCUGCUCUCGUCGGAUGAGGAGGAUUUGCCGCGCAAUAAAUAACCGACGGCGACUAUUACCGCACUCGGGUAUAUUUUAUUAUUAUUAUUAUUGUUUUUUUUUUCUGCGCCGAGUCAAAAUCGAACGAUAUUGUUACGUUCGGUGUAUCUUAUUUUACCAAUACUGAAUUGUUCUUUUUUCGUUUGAAUUUUAUACGGGAAUACGAUUCAAGAACGUAUACAUUAUAUGUAGACAUUUUCUUUUUGUGUACUUACUUUAUUUUAUUAUUAUUAUUAUUUUUUUUUUUUUUUUUUUUUUACGUACCACCGUGACAUUAGAGUUUUCGCUUUCAAAGUACCUAUAUAAUAUGAAAUAAUAAGUAUGUGUUUUUCGAAAACAGUAAUUUUAAAAAAAAAAAAAAAAAAAAACAAAUAGAAAAAUUGUACGCACCUCCAUCUCCGGCGAACCACAGUUUUUAGUGAUAUGCCUUGGAAGCCAGUGUUAUUUUUAAAAAUUAACAUUCGAAAAAUAGUUCCGCAAUUUUAACGUUUACAUUGUUGGGAUUUAUAAACGAGCGUCUGUAUGUACAAAGGUUCCAGAUAUCAUUUAAAACAUAUUUUAUUAUUAUAACCGUAAAAUAUUUUUCGUAAAAACACUUUUUUGUAUACUUAAUUUAUAUCGAACUAAUGGAUUUGACUCAGAAUCUAAAAUUAUAUAUUUAAAAACUAUUUUUCUCUGUUUUAUUAAUUUAUCAAAUAAUAUAAAUUAUAAUAUUGAUGAUUAUAAUUUAUAAACAACUCAGUCGGUUUUUUAGUUCAUAAAAUUAUAGCAUAACUUUCUGCGAAAUGUUUUAAGUAUAUCACUAAGUAUAUUGUCAUGUUAAUCAUAUUUUAAGUAUAUUAUUAGUGUUUGAAGUAAUCAUCCUUCCUAUAAAAGGUAAAAUUGUCCGUACCUUUCAGUCAAAGUCUUCGAAGUCCGGGUUUAUGCUACAUUUUUUGUCGCCGAGGUGUUUUAAAUGACAUUGUAAAAACUCGAAUUAGUUUCAUAAAAAAUAAAUUCUUUAAUAUCUAUUGGAUUGUUUAUAAUCAGGCUCAGUUUUACUUUGUAUUAUUUUUAAAACACAUUAGCAUAAUAUGUUUAUGAAAAAAUGUUUUAUAGGAGAAAAACAUUUUGAAAGUCUUAUCUCCAUGAUGGGUUUCCUGAAAGUUUGAUUGAGUUUAGUUAGUUCUCGGUAACGUCCCUUAAUUUUUGUUUAAUAUAAGGUAGUCAUGCUUUGAAGAUUUUCCCACACUUUAACCACUGAAUUAUUUCUUAAUUAUAAUUACCUAUAAUUGAUUUUUAAAGGUGUUAGUCAAUACCAUAGUAUAACUUGAAUUUUAUUGCCUUAUACUGUAUACUUAUAUAAUUUUUGUUGAUUUUUUUAUAAUAAUAAUAAUUGCUACAUUAUAAUCAUACAAACAAAGUUUAUUACUAAAAUUAUAUACAUUAGUGAACUGCAAAGGCGAUACCUAUAUUAUAUUAAAUAUAAGCAAAUACAAAUAAUUGAAAGAACAAUUUAUUUAAUUUUAAGUUAAUAUCAUUAUUAUAAAUAAUAUAUGUAUUUGAUUUUAAUUCGAUAUUCAUCAAUCUCAACCGAACAGAAUUUUUAUUACGAAUAUAAUAUCUGGGAUGUAACUCUGCAUUCAGGGGUGGAUUCAGUACAAGAAAACCAAGGGGUGGGUGAUUUUGAAAAUGCAUGUAAGGCAUACAUUUAAGAUAAAACGAAGCUCAGAGUAUAUUAGGACUAGGAAUAUACGUUUGGGAGCCUACGUCACUAUCUGCAAUCGAAUUCUUUGUUACCUAUAAUACGUUACGCCACAAAAUGUAUACUACUAUUGUAAAAACAACUUAAUAUAAUAUUACACUACAUCUAUAUGUUCAAUUAAGUUGCGUAAAAUAUCAAAUCUACAUCUCUUUAACUAAUAAUAGUUUAGUUAUAAUAAAAAAAAAAAAAAAACGAAAAUUAUUUAUAAAGUUAUAAAAACGUUUUAAAUCAUACACGUAUAUUUUAAUCGCGGUAAAAUUACAGUAUUAAAACAAUACCUAUAUUUGCCGAUAAUAAUACUAUAAUAUAUAGGUACAUAGAACAAAAACCGAUGAUUACCGUUGUGACGAAAUGUUAAAGUUUAUUAAGUCGACGAAAAAAAUAUCCAUUGGUAGUUGUGUAGUUGCCGUGUGAUAUAUUUAAUUUUAGUGCCAAUACCGACAGUCGCUGUUUUGCAUUGCAGCUAACAAUAAUAAUAAUUGUCUACACGAAUGAUUAAAAAGUUCAUGCACCUAUCUUCCAACAUCGUUUUGGAAAAAAAAUCUAUGCGUUGUUAAUAUUUUUUUAUUAUUUCAAUUUUUUCCUCGAAUAAAAUGGUGCGUUUCUAAAUUAUUAACGUCUUGUCAAUCGAUACCUAACAAAUAUAUUAUUUACCUAAUAUUAUUUCAUUUUUAGCAUCAUAAAUCGAUUAAUAACUUUGAAUUUGCGACUCAUAUUCUAAAUUAUCAUUGGCCCAAGUCGACAUUCACGAGUACCGGAGUCGGAUGUAUGAAUCACGGUAAUAAUGACGAGGUAUUUAUUGAACAUUUUUAUAUACGAGCAUGGCUAAAUUGUAUAGAUUAGGUACCUAUAUAUUAUUAUUUUGACAAACCUAAUUUAAUCACUUAAAAAAAGGUUUUUAAUAUUAUUUUGAAAAAUUAUUACAGUUGUUAACCUAUGUAGGGUACGUACAUUUUUUUGUAAAUUAUUAUCUGUGUUAUGAUACUAUACAAGGUUGGACUACCAUAUAAAUAAAACAUUUAGUAAUUAUAAUAUAAGGAAGUCUAGAAGUAUUUACCCUACCAGUCCCAAAAGAUACGAAGCUGUCCCGGUUCCACUUAUAGUAAUAAGCUUACCAAUACUUUCCCUUAAAAUCGUCUUCACUAAUGGUUCAUUACGGCUAACCGGUAGCCUACAUCCAACGUAUGCAACCUUUAAUAGCAUAUUACGGGCCUCUAAAUAACCUGAUGGCUUAUUUAAGGUCUCUGAAAUCUUAUUUCUAACCUCUCGGUCCUCAAGCACUAUUUGCAGUUUAAAACAGUAACUAAAUUAUAUCUUGUGUUGUAUUAGACUUGUUAAUCAAUUAUUUCGGUUUUUUAUUUACCUCACCUGAUCUUACUAGAUUUGCUUAACUCAUUUUUAUCAUAGCCUACCUUGAGAUUUCCCGGUGGCCUAGUCCAACAUGACCUGAUCAGGCUUGAUAUAUCUAUACAUCAUGUUUUGUAAGGAUACGAUUUUUUUUUUUUAUAAUUUAAGUUAAAUACAUCGUUAAAAAAAAACUAUUCAUAAACUAAUAAAUAAUAACUUUGUUACUGUACGCUAUAUCUAUAUAAUCUUAGAAUAUAAUAUUAAUCUGUUUAAUAAUUUAUACGCGGUCAAAACGAGCUCAGUCAUCGCAGCAUAAUAUCGAGUUUUUAUAACACCAAAAGCCAAAUAGUAAUAAUAAUAAUAAAAAAAAAUAUAACAGUAAAUGUAUACAUCUAUAUAUAUAUAUUUUUUUUUUUGUUCACGCCAACUGGAUGAAUGCCCGGCCGAGGCUGCAGAGGUCGACAUUUGGCAUUGAUGCGCUGAGCGUUUAAAUUGUUUUAUUACGACAUUUUUAUAUUGUCGCUUUAAACAGUCUAAACAAACAUAAUAUACUCUACCUAUACAAAAUAAAUAUACCUAUCUUUUAUUACAAUUUUUGUGUAUUAAAAAAUUGCCUUCCACAAAAUCCUAUAAUAUCUAAAGAGCUGCAGUCAAAAUAUAUUGAUUUUAUAUUAUAUAAUAUGUGUAUAUACAUUUCCUUGAGUUAUACUAAAAUAAUGUUUAGAUUCUAAGCAAAGAAUGUAUUGGUUUUACAAUGAUGUUUUUUUUUUUUUUAUCUGUGAACAACUUUUCUACGAAAAAUCUUGCUCCAAUUUACAAGGGUAGCACUUUUUCUGAAAAAAAAUCUGACUGGGAAAAAUACAGGGAAAAUGUAGGAAAAACGGGAUAGUAGAAACAAUAUAUUAAGCAAAUGUUAUUAAAGAAAAUAUAUAAUGCAUACUUAUGUAUUUAUUUUACCAUAAUAUAUAUUGUUGACAAAGUAACUCUAUCAAUCGAACUCUCCUCAGAAUCGUAUUUUCGUUAGCAAAUAGUUAAUCACUGUUUAUCGAUAUACAUUAAAUUAUCUAUAACAGUAACUGCACCCUUUCCAGUAUCCUAGGACAGAUUUUUUAUAGUAAUAUUAUUAUGACUUAGCCACCUAAAUGUCUUUAUAAUAUUUACGUCUCUAUAUUUGUAUUAUUUUUUUUCACAGGGAUCAUGUCGGUCUACUUCUAGUGAUAUAUUAGCGAUGGACUCUGUAGUAAAACCGAGAGCUCAUUCGAUAAAUUACGUAUCGUCAGAUUAUGAAGUGAGAUUUUUUUUAAUUUUUUUAUAUAAGUGCAUUUUUUUUUCUUACGUUUUGACGUUUUUGUAGAGUUUAGAUUAUGAAAAUUACGAAAGCGAACUAACCGUCAGAGAGGAAAAAUUAAACGGGUAUAAAACAAUAGUGGCCAGCAACGUGAUCAGAUGGCUCAUUUAUUUCUCGAUCGCCAUAUGUACGGCCACAGUGGGAAUUUGUAUCGAUACCGUUAUCGAAUAUCUGUGCAACUGGAAAUAUCAAUCGAUCCGGAAUUAUAUCGACGUUAAUCAUUCGACAUGGCAGUGUCUGAUGAUUUGGCUACUUUUCACCGUCCUUCCUACGAUCGUCGGAUGUUGCGUAGUACUAUUUAUGGAGGUUAAAACAAUUCAAAAUAUAAUAAUAUAAACAUUUUGUAUUUAUGUAUAAUAUUCAGUAUAUUUCAGUUUGCAUUAUUAUAAUAUAAUAUGAUAGGUCACCUUAAUAAAAAUAGAUUGGUAACAUAGAGAGAGAGGGAAGUCCGGGGGUUAACAUUGAUAGGUUUAACAUAAAAGCAGUGCUGUAUUAAACUUUAUUUUAAGAUAUCUAAAUAAAUAUAAGAAAUAAUUUUCUAGUUGAAUAUAAAAGAUGCAUAAUAAUUUAAUUAUCUAGAUAAAGAUAAACAAUUGGCAACUUUUUAUCCGGACAAAAAAAAGAAUAUUAAUGUUCAUUACUUAUCAUACAACUAAGUAAUAUACAUAUUAUACUAUAUAUUAUAAAUGCUAAAAGUACAAGUGAACCAGAUUUGGUGAAUAUUUAAAUAUUUCAAUAAGAUCGUGUGAUUGAUGUAAUUUAAUAAUCAAUUUAUUAAACCAUAUUAUUAUAAAGUAAAUAUUUUACCUACUUUAAUAAAUAUAUCAAUUACGAUUUAAAAUAACUUAUCUAGGUGAUUCAAUUAUUUAUCUUAAGUAACUUAUUUCUCAUUUUAUCAAUUUACCUAAAAAUAACACAACUAUGUACAAGACUAUAAUAUCCAGGCUGUCUCACGAAGAAAUAACAAAUUUAAUAACUUUUUUUGUGUUCAAUAUUUUUAUUUUAAUACUUUUUUUUACUGGUAUACUUUUGGUGAACAAUAAAACAAUUUGAUUUAAUUAGUUCAUACAUAAAUGGGUUUACAAAAUAUAUUGAAGUAUAAUACACUAUAUUUAUAAUAAGUUACAAGUAAAUUUUGUAAGUAUGAAUAUAUUUGGUAUAUAAAUAUCAUAUAUAUAUAUAUAUAUAUAUAUAUAUAUAUUUGGUAUACAUUGCAGCUUAAGUACAUAACCAUGCCAAGUCAAAAUCGUCUUUUUACUCUGUUUUUAAUAGCUUUAUCGAAGAUCUAGAUUACCCAUGAGGAAUUGGUUGAAAAGAAUCAAAUUGACCCAUAGAGAUAUAGUUAAUCACGAAGGUUUAAAAUAAUUAUAGAUAUUUAAAUAACUCGGGGAAUGUCACCUUAUGUUCUAUACCUAGAGGGAGAGAGAGAGAGAGAAAUAGAGAUUUUGAAUAAUUGGUAGAAAAAUAUAGCGUAUACUGCGUACAGUCCAGAUAUUGACCCUAUCUCUUUUUUAAAAUGUUGAUUUACUGAGGCGCAGCAUGGAGGAAGCGCAGUCCAUAGAUAUAUUAAUAUUUGUUAUGUACACAAUAUGAUUUUACAUUACAAUAAUACAAUAUACCAUCAUAGUCGCAACUGCAAAGCAAUCAGUAAUAUUGCAAUCGUUUUAAUUACAAAUUAUACUGCAAUAUGAUAAUGGUAAAAUAAUCAUUAAAUAGUUAGAUAGUGUUAUAUUAUUAUCAGCAUUCUACACACGUAUGUAUUAUUAAUAUUAUUAUAGUUUCAAAAAUUGUCUAUAGAAAGUAUGUUUCUAAGUAUUUAUAUAGAUAUUGUACGCACACAUCUAAAUAGAAACACAAAAUAUACUACGUAUAUAUAUAUAUAUAUAUAUAAAUCUUUCUAAAUCACUAAACCUACUUUUUUUUAGUGAUUGGGUAAAUAUUUAUCUUUGAUCAAAUACAAAAACUAUUAUUAAAAAAAAAAGUAAACCAUAUUAAUACCGGUUUCAAUUUUAUCUGAAAAAAGAAUUAUUAAAUUUAACAAACAAAAAUAUUGACAAAAAAAAAUUUUACUUAUACAAUUUAAUUCUACCCGUAUAUAAUAUACGAUAUAUGAUAUGAUAAUCAAUUAUUGACAUUAUUGACUACUUGUAUUAAAAAAAGUAAUAUUUGAUACUAUUUAUUUUAGCCAUCCGCCGCCGGAAGCGGUAUUCCGUUUGUCAUAUCGUAUUUGAAUGGAAUUCGUAUACCGAGAAUGACAGCAGUUCGAUGUUUAUUUGUGAAAGUCGUGAGUGUGGUGUGCGUCUCUGUAGCUGGUCUCGGAGGAGGAAAGGUAAGUGGUAUAAUAUUUAAAAUUUUUUUUUUUACUCGGCUAACUUAUUCGCAUUGAUAACUAAAAAUGAUAUUAUAUUUUCAAGAUAAAUGUACAAAUUUAUACUAAAUGUCUAUUGUAGUCUAUUGUUGUCUAUUCAGUACUACUGACAUAUUAUAAAUGGGUAUGUUUAUAUCUUUGGUUUCAGUGUAGAAGUACUUCAGUCAAUUUUGUAAAGUUUUCAAUAAAGACAAAUUAACUUUUGGAAAUUGCAUGUGAUUAAUUACAAAAUUAGAUUCUGACGUAUAUUAGUAUUUACAGAGGUUCACUUUUAACUAAUUAAAACUAAAAUAGUUGAUUUUAUAUAUGAAAUACUUUGCAUGAUGGGUAGGCCUCUGUUGUAAAAAAGAAGUCGGGAAGGUAAUCUACAGAGUACCUACCGAACAAAAAAAUACUUAAAAAAUUUGCAAAAUUAAAUUGUCUAUAAAGAGUUAGAAAAUUGGUCAAAUGUUUUGCAAAUUGUAUCUCUUAUAUAAAAGGCAAAUACAAGUUUCAACGAAUAUGUUUUACUAAAUUACCUAUAAAGAAAAAAAAAAAUGUAAAAUAAUAAAACUAUUAUUUCCGUACAUUUUCCCGUUUUUCCUAUGUUUCAUCCUGUUUUUUUUCUAAAUUAUUAUGAACAUCGCUUGAAAAAUUAAAAAAAAAAAAAUCACUUCAUUAAAGUACCACCCGGAUAAAAUGUUCUUUCAGAAAAGGUACUAUACUUGAAAAUCGAGCAAGAUUUUUGAUAGAGAAAUUGUUUAUAAAUAAAAAAAAUAUAUAUAAAAACCAUUGUAAAACCAAUACAUUCCUCACUUCGUUCAGAAAAUGUACGUGGAAAAAAAAAUACCAAAGAUAUUAUGUAUUCUUUAUAAAUUUGUAUUUAACUUUCUUUUAAUUUUCACUUUGAUUUGUUUUUAGAAUUAUUGUAACGUUCUACUCGUAAUAUAUAAACUUAACAAAAUACUGCUGUAUUCAUAAAGGAAUUUAUUAAUAUAUUGAUACACAUUAUUAGAAUUUUAGUUAUUAAAAUCAAAAGAAGAGAAAAACUCAUAUAACUAAUGUGAUAUGUGUAUACUGUAUACUGUACAAUACAAAAAACAUUUUAAUAUAAUUUUAAGGAAGGGCCGUUGAUUCACAUUGGAGCAAUGGUUGGCGGUUCAGUCGUGGAAGCUUGGUGGAAAGGCUUUAGAAACAGUCGCGGUAAAAAAGUCAUCGGACCGUUACAAAACGACCGAGAAAGGAGAGACAUGAUGGCAGCAGGUGCUGCUGCGGGAUUAUCAGCCGCUUUUGGAGCUCCCGUUGGUAAAUACUAAAAUAUAUACGUCAUCAUUUCAGUUAUAUCAAAGCAUUAGGUUUCUAAUUAAAAAUGCGUAUAUAUGGUCAUAUAUGUAUAUUAUUAUUAUUAUACUCGUACUUACAGUGUCAUUGUUUUCAUUUUAUUCAGAUCUAUUCCUAACUAUAAUAUGAUAGCUCUUAUGACUUACACACAGUGUUGCGGAAAGAUAACUAAAAAUUUAUCUAGAUAAAAAUAAAAGGUAAUCAGAUACAAUUUAUCUAGAUAGAGAUAAACGAUAGUUAAAAUUUAAAUUAUCUAGAUAAAGAUAAAAAAAAACUCACUAUUUAUCUGGAUAAAAAAAAGAUAAAAAUUGUUUUAAUUUUAGUAAUUAAUUUUUUUUGUCAAUUUCUACUUAAAAAAUAUAAAUAAGCGACCCAAAUAAUAUUAUUAGGUAACUAUUACUUGAUGUUUUUAAUUUUGUUCUGUAUUUGUACAAGGAUGGUUUACUAAUGAGACAUGGGUUUUUAACUUUCAUGUUCAAUUUUUUGUAUUUUUUGCAUAGAUAAAUAUAUUUAUUUAUCUAGAUGAACUACAUUGGAUAAAUUAAUUAUUCAUCUAACAUAGUUCAUUAGAUAGCUAAUUUAGUUUAUUAUCAAGAUAAGAUAAAAGAUAAUUAAUUAUGUAUUUAAAUAAUGUCCAACACUGCUUACACAAUAUUUUAUAAUAUAAAGACAGGACGUAUAUUUUGGAUGUUUGAACUAAUCUUAAAAAUGAUUUAACCAAUUUAGAAAGCCACGGGAAGACGGGUUUUAAUUUAUUUUUUAAUAUACUGUGUACUGUAAACCACAGGCAAAGUCUGUAAUUUUUUCAUCAUAAGUUCUUAUGAAAUGUUCAUUUAAGAAGUGUAUAUAUAUAUAUAUAUUUGUAUUCGUUCAUUAUAUAUUUUAUUAAUCUUGUGGUUAGUACUCGUAUUUGAAAAUAGAUAUUAUUUUAUAAGCUAUAUUUAUUAUAUUUCAGGUGGUACGUUAAUGAGCCUCGAAGAAGGGACGAGUUUCUGGAGUUCGAGCCUAAUGUGGAAAGUAUUUUUUUGUGCUGCUAUAGCUUUCCCGACAUACAAUGCCGGGAAAACCAUAUUGAAUGCAAGUCAUAUAAGUUAGUUUUUUUUUUUUAUAAUUAUAAAAUUAUAAUAUGCUAAUCGAUUUAUUUAAAUGCAUAAUGAGAGGAACCCAAUAAUGUAUCAUUUGUAUACUGUUAUUAUUGCAGAUGGAUCGGAAUCCGCUUAUAUCGAAAGUUUGUAUUUCUUUGGAAAGUUUAACGAAACCACGAUUUAUUUUUCUUAUUCGGAAUUUCCGAUUUUCAUUAUAUUCGGUAUAGUCGGCGGCGGUCUUGGGGCUAUAUUUGUCGAAAUCAACUAUCGUUUGUCGGUCCUCCGGAUGAAGUUAGUUUUAUUUUUAAUGAAUCAUGAAAAAAAUUAAAAAUAAAUAAAUCCUAUAGUUAUUUAAUUUAAUUUAUUUUUUACAGACACCUUCUAUCAAAUAGAAAAAAACUUCUUGAAGCCGUGUGCGUCGCAAUGUUUGUCGCAAUAAUUAGUAUAACGUCUAUGCUGUUGUUGAAUUAUUGUCAACUCAAGAUAAGUUCACCCAAUCUAAUACAAGUAAGUAAUACAGUAUAUUACCUAUACUAAAAUAUAUUAUUAUCAUAUAUAUAUAUAUAUGACAUAUUAUAUUAUAAUGAUGAUCACUAACAAUGAUACGUAAUCUUGUAGUAUUAGAUAUGUACAGUAUAUACAUGCAAUAAACUAAAAUGUAUAUACAUAAAAAAAAAGACUGACAUAAUUCGCCCCGGGGUUUAGCUACUUUUUUAGGUGGAAAUUUGGAAUGGUAAGUAUAGACGGGAAUUUAAUGUAUAUCUGUAAGCAACGAUAAACCAUUGCUAACGAUAAAACGAUUUUGACCGGAGUUCAGUUGAUAGUAUUGUUUUGCUGAUAAUAUAUAUGUCAUAUUAUCGUAAAAUGAUUACAACAAUGUGCAUUUUUAUGAAAACAAUGAUUGUAUGAAAAACAUUUUACAAUAAUAAAAACUUAAUAAUAACAGAAAAUAAAUAAAAACGGUUGUCAAUGACAACCUUAUCUUUAAUCUUUCAAUCAUUUUUAACCCAACGAACCAGGUUUUCCUCAUUAUCUCGAAUAUUAAUGAGAAUUUUAAAAAACGACCUCUCUAAAGUAUGACCCGGAAAAUAUUUCCUUUCAGAGAAAGUGCUAUACUUUACUUGAUAAUCGAAGUAUGCUUUCUGGUAGAAAAAGUGUUCACAUAAAAAUAAAUAAAAAAAUAAAUUUCAUUGUAAAACCAAUACAUUCCUCGCUCCACUCAGAAUCUAAAAAAAUCUCAAAAUAAAGUUUUUAUUGAAAAUUUCAGUGAGUACUUAAUUGUUACCUAUAUUUAUUUGUAUUUUUUUCGGAAUUCAGUUAGACUUUGUAAUCAUAUUAUUUUAGUAAUUAAUUGAUUAGAUCCUCUUAGACGGUAAGGAGUUAUAUCAAAAGUCUCGAGUUUGAAAACAUCAUCAACACCCGACCUACUUAUUUUCAUACCAUCGCCCAAGAGGAUUUAAUCUCUAUAAUUAAUUACUAUAAAUUAAUAUCUGAAUAUCGAACGACGAAUUACAAGUAAUUAUUUUAGAAUUUUAGAAAAGUAUUAUAUUACGAACAUUUUCAGAGUUUUAUGGGAUGUGGUUAUUAUGAAAACGGCUUUUACCUUUAUGAUAGGUUUGUUGCAGAUGAAUUGUCCGGCAGGGAGUUAUAAUGAAAUCGGUUCGUUUUGGCUUCAUACACAAGAAGAAAAUAUUCGAUCGUUAUUCCAUUAUCCGCUCGGUAAUUAUAUUAAUGUUUAAAAACCGAUAACUUUAACAUGUUAUAUAGUAUUCGUAGUUCAUGCCUAAAAAAUGUACCAAGUUCCAAUAAGGUUAAAAAAAAAUAGUAUGUACAUGAUUCGAUAAUUUCUAUGAAAACUAGUUUUUGUGUUAGCUAUAUACCUAUAAAGAUAUUUGUUUAAAUCACCUAUAUUAUAUAUUCAUCUGAAAAAAAAAAAUAAAUUUAUCAAAGAAAAAUAAUACAGAUGCUAGAACAUAAAAGAAAAUUAGGUGAGUGUGGGUAAUAAAACAAAAAAAAAAAAUAAUUAUAAUAUAAUAAUAAGAUACAAAAGCACGAGAGAAAAUACGAUGAGAAUUAUUUAUAAUAAUUUAUUAUCGAGCAAGAAGAACAAAUAUAUAUAUUUUAAUAUAGUGUCAACUAAAAUAUAAGUUAUAGGUAUAUAACUUACGAAAUAAUACCUCGUUCGAAUUUAAAAUACCUGUGAACAAUAUCACAGACUUUAUUGAAUUACAGUUUAGGUACAUGCUGCAGUUAUUUUUUUCUUUCAAUUUUUAAAUAAGUUUAAUGGUUUUCCCCUAUCUCAGCCUUUCACCUAUCCCUUUUGCUUGUAUACAUAUAUACCGACCUUUCUAUAAAUUAUGUAUUUAUUAUUCAUUUUUUUUUUAUAUUACAGGUUUUUAAAAUAACUGCGUAAGUAGAUUGUUUAAUUUAUUUUCUUACUUGUGUUCGCAGACGCAUUUUCAAUCGUUCCAUUACUGGUUUACUGUGUCAUUUAUUUCAUACUAACCGAGUUGACCGUCGGUCUUAAUUUGUCAGCUGGAUUAUUUUUACCUUCGUUAUUGAUCGGAGCCGCAUGGGGACGCGUCGCCAGCAUAAUUAUUCAUUAUUAUGUUCCUGAUCUCGUAAGUAUUUUUAUUUUUUUUUUGUCUCUUUUAUAAUAUACACGGUUUUAGAUUCUGAGCGGAGUGAGAAAUGUAUUGGUUUUACAAUGAUAAUUAUUUUUUAUUAUUUUUUUUUUUUUUAAUCUGUAAACAACUUUUUUAUCAGCAAUUUUCAAGUUUUCCCACUUUUUCUAAAAAGAAAUCUGAUGAGGUGGUAUUCUAAGGAGGUUAUUUUUUGAUUUUUCAUAAAAAAAAUUGGAAAAACUGAGAAAAACCAUGGGAAAAACUAGAAAAAAUUUACAAUAAUGUAUUAUUUUUAAAUCGUAAAUAUUACAGCCUUUCAAAGCAUGUAUAACCAUGUAUGGUUUAUUACCAUAUGGUACCAUAUGGUUUAUUAUUAGGUAUGUACGAAUAGGAUAGAUAAAUAAUUAACGUUUGUUAAUUUCAUAAAAUAUUUAUUAAAAUUAUGUAGUUACCUAAGUAAAAUAAAUUAUAAUUUCCAUAAGUAUAAUCUUACUAUUUAGAUGUAUAAAGAGAAUGCACGUUUUUCGUUGUUCAGUAUAAACUUAAAAACUACUGGACCUAUUUUCUACAUUUUUUUUCCUACAGAUACCUUACAUACCCACGAUGUUAAUAGAGAAAUCAGUUUUUCAAUUUUAAUAUUUUUAAGUGCCAAAAAUAACAAAUAAUAAUUCAAUCACUAUUUAAAAGCAUUGGAAAUUAACAUUCCGCACUGUAUAUACGUUGGCGGUCGACUAUAGUACAUUAUAAGUUGUACUUAGUAGUCUAAAAAACGAAUUUGAGUUUAAUGCAUUUAAUUGAAUCUCCUGUAAAUAUAUUUAUGUUGUGGGCGAAAGUUAUAAAAUAAAUAAAUAAAUAAAUAGGUAAUGUAACAUUAUUUUGUUGUUUUUCAUAAGCGUAUUAAGAUCAAACUUGACAAACAUUGUAAAAAUUACGGCAUUUCGAAAUGUGUCAUACCAAACUUUGAUCCAAAUCGUUUUUCGUUAGCUUAUACUCAUCUUUGCGUGCAGAUAUAAAUUAAUUAACUUUAUAUAUACUACCUUCCCAACUUCCAACCCACAACAGUGGCUGCACCAGUCCAAUAUCAGUUUUUAUUUUCCUAUACCUUUUAUAUUAUGUUCAUGAACUUAUGAUUUAUUUUCAUUGAUUUUCAUUAGUUUUUAUUAUUUUUUUUUUUUUAAAUAAAACAGUAAUAUAAGUGACAACAAUUUAAAAAAAUGACUUUUUUGAAUAAUCCAAGACUGUUUUAAUGAAUACUGCAUGAAUGUGUAUACAAAAUGGGACGAUAAUUUUAAUGGUGAUCGAAUUUUUAUUUUUUAUUUUUAGCGUUUUAAAAUUGAUAAAAUUUAAUAAAUUAAUAACUAGUUUUUUUGUAAAAUAUACACCUUGGUAGGACACGAAAAAUGAUUUAAAAAUGAGCGAUUCUUCUGAGAAGGUCGACGAUUGUGUGAAGUCAUUUGAUUGUCGUAUGGAGAUUGCAAAUAAAAUAAAUACGUAG